AAAUGGCGGCCACGGAUUACAAAACAAUUUCUGAAUUAAUCUACUACGGCCGAGUCGAACACUACGGACAUAUGAAACACGUGGCAAACCACGCCAUCGACAAAUACGGCCGAGAUCCCAUUUUAGUGUUCUUCAGAGCAUUCGCGAAUCUUCUGGAAAUAAACCUGCAAGAAGCUAUCAGAGAUCUGGAGUCCAUCAAAAGUGAUGAAACGGUUGAGCUAUGUAGUUUGAUGGCUUUAAUUGUGGCAUACAAGGAGCAAUCGCAUACUGACAGAGAAGCGGUAUCGGCUCUGGAUGAGAAGUUGAAAGAAAGGAGGAAAACAGCUGGAAAUGAUGCUCUUCGAUACGCGGCGCUAUUCUUAGCAAUAUCCAGUCGACCUGACAAAGCGCUCCAAUACGCGGACAGAAUCAUCAAACUUGACUCGCAUUCGUACGAAGGUCACGUUUUGAGAGCUUGGUUGUACCUAUCUGAAAGCCAGAUGAGAAACGACAGAGCAGAAGAUUUGAGAAAACGAGCUCAAAAAGAUCUGGAUACAGCCCAGGAAUUGCCUCACGAACCAGCUAACGAAUUAGAACUGACUUUAGCUAAGAGUAAAUGCUUGGAACUAUCCGGUGACUACCAGAAGGCAACCCAAGUGCUGCUGACUUUGAGGCAACCGAAUUUUGUGCCUAAAUUGAAUGAAUUAGUAAGAUUGGAACUGGCUAUGGGAAAAUGGGAUGCGGUUUACCAGUCUGCAACCGAAAUGGCAUCCGGAGAUGCCAGAGACGCGGAGCUGUUUGCACUCAACUACUCGAUUCUCUACAAGAUAGUGUACGAAGGAAGUUAUACUGAAGCUAGCAAUGAUAUUCGACAGUUCUUUGAAGUGCUGCAGCAGAAAGAAGCGCAGAAUGUGAAUUUGUACAAGUUCUACUGUCGCCUGUUCAGUACAUUAUGCGGUCGAAACAUGAUGAUUCUGCGACAGACAAACGCUAUAAUGCAUUCCAUUGUUACUUCGUUUGAGAAGAACUCUUCAAAUCUUUUGGAGUAUGGCAACCAAAUGCUGAUGGCUGCUCAAACGUCAGAGGAUAUUGAAGCUGCUUCGAAAGUGUUCGUCAAAGCAUUGGAAUGGGAUCCGGAUAAUAGUCGCGCAAUGUUGGGAUUCAAUCAUUGCAAGGUUCUGCUGGGAAAAGCCAGGGAGUUUGACAAAAUUUUCAAAGAUUUGGAGCUGCUCAAGGAAACAAUGAUUGCAACAGCGAACACUUCUGAAGAUCAAAGCCUGGUAGCUGAAGUUAUGUACAUUCAAGCUUUGAUUCUCCAACGCAAGAAUAAAUUUGAAGAUGUGGCGUUGCUUCUAAGAAAAGCCUUCGAGACACAUCAACAAUCAUUUGCAAAAGUCUCAAUGAGCUGUGAGUAUCUGUGCGCACUAAACAUCGACCUAAGAAUGCAAAUAGUGAAAUGUUUGGUCAAAAAUUUUCCACCGGAACCUAUUAUUUCAGGACGCCAGGCCCCAAUGGCAAUGACAUUCGCCAAGAAUGUCCUCGAUACUAUUUGCUCAGUAGUUCCAGGGUUGACUGAAGCCAAGUUUUUCCAAGCAAAAAUCAAGUACCUAAUGGGUGAUUCAGAUACGGCGUGUAAUAUCUUGCAAGAUUGUAUCGACAGAACGAAAGAGGCUGAUAUGUCUGAGGCUGACAUGUUGCUGGCUAGUAUUCUGGUCGAUAUGAAUCAGAUAUCUCGCGCUGAGCAAUGUUUGUCAACGGCGUUAUCGCUAAACUUCGCCAUUAGAUCGACUCCAUCGUACCAUUUGGUCAAAGCUAAGAUUCAAGCAAAGUCCAACCAAAUGACAGAAUGUCGUAAAACUCUGGAAGCGGCUAUUAAUUUGCCAGGAGUGCGAAAAACAACGUCGAGGCAAGGGUCCGCGGGAGGAAAUGCAGGGAUCAAAGAGUCGGGAACUAUGGUGUCGGAUUCCGAUAGAUUGUCAAUAUUUUUGGAACUAAGCGAGGCGCUGAGAGCUGAAAAUAAUAUCCACGAAGCGACUAAGAUCAUGCAAGAUGCCAUCAAUGAGUUCAGAGGUACUAGUGAGGAAUCUCGUGUUAUGAUCGCGAAUGCUAACUUGGAUCUCUCGCGUGGAGACGUGGAAUCAGCACUGGCUAAUCUGACCAAAAUUGAGUCUGACAAACCCUACUAUAUCAAGGCAAGAGAGAAAAUGGCUGAGAUUUAUCUGGUACACAGAAAAGACAAGCGACUCUACGCUAGAUGUUAUAAAGAUCUAGCUGAUAAACAGCCAAACUCGAGAACCAAAAUGCUUCUCGCUGAUGCAUAUCGAAAGAUUUUGGAGUACGAAAAAGCUAUUCCGGUGUACCAAAGCGCGUACGAAGAAAACAGACAUGACGCUCAAAUGAUUAAGAAAAUAGCAGAUGCCUUCGUCAAAAUGCAUUUAUAUGCCGACGCUAUAGAUUACUACAAGAGUGCGUACAAGAAGGACUCUUCCUUGAAACAUGACCUUGUGAGGUUGUUGAUCAGACUUCGAUAUUACGACGAAGCGCAGAAGAUUCUGGAUGCCGCAGAACCUCAGGAACAGACUUAUGAUCUAACAAGACUGAUAGAUAAUUCGAAAUGCUUGAUGGCAAGAGCCGAUAUUUGCAGCAAGAAAAAACAAUUAGACCAAUACGAAGCAUACCUCAAAAAAGCACAGGUACAACAGCGAGAAGUUUUACGAAGAGUGAAAAGCGAACAACCUGAAUUUAAUAAUGAGCAGAUUGAAAUGGCGAUCCAAAUAGUGAAUCAAUUGGCCGAACUUGCAAUCGACAAAGGCAACUUGGAAGAAGCGAUUGAACUCUACGAAAGGGCGGCGAAGUUCAAAGAGAAAACAGGCGAUGUGAAAUUAAGAAUGAAGAUCAUAAAAUUAUAUUUGCAAGCUGGAAAUUUGGACGAAUGUGAGACCCAAUGUGUGAAUUUGAUCAAACAAGAUCUGGACAACCGUGAAGCUAUGUCGAUAAUGGCCGAACUCAUGCUUGCUAAAAAUAAUCUGGAAGAAGCUUACAAGUACUACACGAAACUUCUGCAACAAGUGCCUAAUGAUUUCAAAGCUAUGAUGCAGGCUAUAAGGUGUUACAGGUUCAUGGGAGACUUGGAUUCGGUUCCUAAGUUGUUUGAAAAUGCCUCAAAGUUUUCGAUUAACUCAUCAUUGGAGCCGGGAUUUGCAUUCUGCAAAGGGCUGCAUGAGUUAUUCUUAGGAAAUGCCAACACGGCGUUAAAGGAGUUCAAUAAAUGUAGGAAAGACAAGUUUUGGGGUCCAAAGGCCCUGAAGUUUAUGAUAGAAAUAUGUCUGAAUCCUCACAAUUCAGUGAUGGGAUCGAUUGAAGAUCUGUCGGGUUCUGAUGAAGAAAUAGCUUCGUUGGACGAAACGGAUUCAAACGCGCUUCGAACUGCCGCCAAGUUACUUGCGGAACUGAAAACAGCCAAAGAUACUUCCACUGAUUAUGCAUUCCUAGACGCUUACUUGUCUCUUUCGAGCAAACACGCUAGUAACAUAAAUGAUGCAAUGUCUAAGUUCAACAAUUUAAUCGGAUCCAAACCAAUUCCUGCGUAUCUUGGAAUCGCGACGGGAUAUCUUCUGAAAAAAGACAAAGACGGAGCGAGGAACGUCUUGAAGAAAAUUGUUCGAGAAGGUACCUGGAACAUCGAAGAAUCUGAAGAGUUUGAGAAAAGUUAUCUUCUUUACACAGACCGAGCGUUGAAUGCGGGUAAAACCGAAAUAGCUAACGAGACUCUAGAAAUGUGUCUGAAGUAUAACAAGUCCUGUUUCAAAGCGUAUGAAUACCAGGGUAUGAUGUUUGAAAAGGAAUCCAGGUACGCAGAGGCGGCGGAAAAGUACGAACUGGCCUGGAAAUACUGUUAUAAAAAUGACCCUCAAAUUGGCUACAAGUUGGCUGUAAAUUACCUCAAGAUGAAACGAUACAUCGAAGCUAUUGAUGUAUGUCACGUAGUCCUGGAGAAGAAUCCAAAUUAUCCAAAAAUACGUAAGGAUAUUUUGGACAAGGCGAGAAAUAAUUUCAGAGCGUGAUAAAAAAAUAGUCAUUCGGGGUCAUUGCACAAGGACUUAUGCGUUUGAGGCAAUUUAUUUUCAGUGUAAGUGAAAAAUAAUGUGUUCAUAUUGUACAUAGAUGCCAUAAAGUUGUGAAAAAAUGUAAAAUAAUCUAAUAAUUCUUUCUUAUUCAUCGUACACCUUUAAGCAAAUAAUAAAUUUAAUCUGU